AUGGUUGUACUUAAUUUCUGGUUUCCUAAGUUGUAUGGAGAAGAAUCAAGUGCACAAGUUAGUAGAACCAAAGACAUGUAUUAUGAUUUACUCAAUGAUUAUCAACAGAUUAAACUUAGAGAUGCACAACCUACUGCUCCAUCCAUUGGUACAACUGCUAUUAUUGAUGACGAGGCUGAAUUUGAUGCAUACGUUGAGACAAUUGCCGUUGCCGAAGACUCAAGUUCAAGUGUUAAGAGUUGGCUAUGGGCUGCUGAGAAUAACGGAAUUUUUAGAGUUGCAGAAGAAAUUGCUACUGUGUUGAAUGAAAUGGAGUCAGACGAUGAAGCUGAGUUGAUGGAAGGUUGUUUGGGUUACCAUUUUGAAGAUUAG